AUGGGUGGCCGAGGACGCAUUUCUCGCAAGCCUACGGCGAUUUUAACCCCAGCGCUCAGUAUACCAUCGACAGCUUCUUCCCGAUUGACGCUACAUGCACCAGUCUGCCCACGGUGCUUGACGAGAUCACAGAAUCGAUCUUUGCUCCUCCGGCCGAAGCGUCUCUUCUCUACUUCGAAAGACCAGCAAUCAUGGGCCGCCGCCGUCCAAAAGAUCCAGGAAACUGUCGCGGACGUCCUUCCCUCGAAUGCCCGCCAGCCCACGGGCAACAUCACCGUUGACCCGCUCAAGAUAGUCGCGAAAGAGUUGAAGUUUCUGAGCAAGAACAUCAGACAGCUGCUCGGCUCGGGACACCCGAUCCUCGAUACCGUCGCGAAAUACUAUACACAGAGCGAAGGGAAGCACGUUCGGCCACUCUUGGUGCUGUUGAUGUCAAGAGCCACUGCUUUUGCGGCGAAGCAACCCCGGCCAAGAUACGAUGUACAACAUACCAUCUCGAGGAGUGCUAUUGACACCCCGAUAACCUCUCCGUCCGUAUUAUUCGACAAGAAUCCAGACCAAGCACAUCUCAGUUCGACCCCGGCUCUGUCGCCCUUGAUGGACGCCCCAACCGGGGGAGAGUAUGCCUUUCCCAACGAUGCUUCUAUUCUCCCGUCCCAGAGGCGACUGGCAGAGAUCACCGAGCUCAUCCACACGGCCUCUCUCCUGCACGACGAUGUGAUAGACCACUCUACCACCCGCCGCUCGGCACCCUCGGCGAACACCACCUUUGGGAACAAGAUGGCUGUUUUAGCUGGUGACUUCAUGCUCGGCCGCGCCUCGGUUGCGCUUGCUCGAUUACGGGAUCCAGAAGUCACCGAACUACUAGCCACUGUAAUUGCAAACUUGGUGGAAGGAGAGUUCAUGCAACUGAAAAACACUGCAAGUGACGAGAAGAAUCCCAGUUGGAGCGAACAGACCAUCUCGUAUUAUCUGCAGAAGACAUAUUUGAAGUCAGCCAGUCUGAUCAGCAAGAGUUGUCGUGCAGCAGCGCUGCUGGGUCAAUGCGCCCCGAACGUCGUCGAGGCAGCCUACCAGUAUGGCAAGAAUCUGGGGCUGGCGUUCCAGCUUGUGGAUGACAUGUUGGACUACACCAUUAGUGGCACCGAGCUGGGGAAGCCGGCGGGUGCAGAUCUGGAACUUGGACUGGCAACCGCGCCCUUGUUGUUCGCGUGGAGGGAUAGGCCCGAAUUGGGUGUCUUGGUAGGGAGGAAGUUUGCCGAGGAAGGCGACGUACAGAAGGCACGAGAUAUUGUCUCGCAAAGCGACGGGCUUGAGCAAACGCGUGCUCUCGCGCAAGAAUAUGCCGACAAGGCCAUUUCGUCCAUCAGUUCCUUCCCGGCUGGAGAGGCCAAAGAAGGCCUGGAGGAGAUGUGUGUCAAGGUUAUGAAGCGACGGAAAUGA